AUCCAGAUGUGGGAAGACAAAUGAAGGGGUUUAGAUGCCAAAUAAAUGUCAGUGGAAAGGAGAGCUACCAACACUAAGGGCUGAACACAAGUAAACUCAUUUUUCAGAGUUAAAGAAUUAUUUAAAAAAGAAACAAGAUGGGGACGCCUGGUUCUGGAAGGAAAAGAACACCCGUGAAAGAUCGAUUUUCUGCAGAAGAUGAAGCUUUGAGUAGCAUCGCUAGAGAGGCAGAAGCAAGGCUAGCAGCAAAGCGGGCUGCCCGGGCAGAAGCAAGAGACAUUCGCAUGAGGGAACUGGAACGACAGCAAAGAGAGCCCUCUCAUCAUUGCUCUGACCGGAAGUGGGGACAGAUUCAGAAGUGGCUGGAAGAUUCAGAGAGGGCCAGGUAUUCUCACCGCUCUGGCCAUCACCGACCUUAUCUGGGAGUUGAGGAUACACUGUCUCUUCCAAGCCUUGGCAGUCACAGGUAUUAUGAUACCUACAAGGACAGAUCAUCAAGGGUUCCGUCAUUAAACUAUUCUUACAGUCACACCUAUGGGACGAAGAAGCGGUCUUCUGGUUCUCAUAAAGACCCCCUGAGUGGCCUCUAUUUUGACCAGAGAAACUAUAGCAGUCUUAGACAUAGCAAACCUGCUUCUUCUACCUACUACUUUCGGUCUUCUUCCCUGUGCAGUGACCCACUGGGGACAUCUCCGAUUAAGAAUAGGGCCUCCUCUACUGAAAAUUCUGGUCUGCUGAGAAGUGCCAGCCUGGCAUCAUUGUAUGAUGGUGGAUUAUAUAACCCUUAUGGUUCUCGAACUCCAUCUGAGUACAGUUACUACUCAUCGAGAGCAAGUUCCUCCCGAAGCAGCCCCGUGUUGGAUGAAAAGUCGGACAAACAGUAUGCUGAAAUUUACACAAGACCUUCAUCUCGAAAUUCUGCCUCAGCAACCACGCCUCUAAGCGGAAACUCAUCUAGACGGGGCAGUGGAGACACCAGCAGUUUAGUAGACCCAGACACCUCGUUAAGUGAACUUCGGGACAUCUAUGACCUGAAGGACCAGAUACAUGAUGUAGAAGGGAGAUACAUGCAGGGGCUUAAGGAACUGAAGGAGUCUUUGUCUGAAGUAGAAGAGAAAUACAAGAAGGCCAUGGUGUCCAACGCACAGCUAGACAACGAGAAGAACAACCUCAUCUACCAGGUAGACACCCUCAAGGAUGUCAUUGAAGAGCAGGAGGAGCAGAUGGCAGAGUUUUACAGAGAAAAUGAAGAGAAAUCAAAGGAGUUAGAAAGGCAGAAACAUAUGUGCAGUGUGCUGCAACAUAAAAUGGAUGAACUCAAAGAAGGCCUUCGGCAGAGAGAUGAACUCAUUGAGGAGAAUCAGCGCCUCCAGCAGAAAAUAGACACCAUGACAAAAGAGGUGUUUGACCUCCAAGAGACCCUGCUUUGGAAAGAUAAAACAAUUGGGGCCCUAGAGAAACAGAAAGAACACAUUACCUGCCUCAGGAAUGAGCGAGAUGCGCUCAGAGAGGAGCUGGCUGAUCUGCAGGAGACAGUGAAGACAGCAGAGAAACAUGGCUUAGUUAUAAUCCCAGACAGCACUCCCAAUGGUGAUGUCAAUCAUGAACCUGUGGUUGGAGCCAUUACUGCUGUGUCUCAGGAAGCUGCUCAGGUCUUGGAGUCGGCAGGAGAAGGGCCACUAGAUGUGAGGCUACGGAAACUCGCUGGAGAAAAGGAGGAGCUCAUGUCACAGAUUAGAAAACUGAAGCUGCAGUUAGAGGAAGAACGGCAGAAGUGUUCCAGGAACGAUGGCGUAUCUGGGGACCUGGCAGGACUGCAGAAUGGCUCAGAUUUGCAGUUCAUCGAGAUGCAGAGAGAUGCCAAUAGACAAAUUAGUGAAUACAAAUUCAAGCUUUCCAAAGCAGAACAAGACAUAACCACCUUGGAACAAAGUAUCAGCCGGCUUGAGGGGCAGGUGCUGCGGUACAGAACUGCUGCUGAGAACGCUGAGAGAAUAGAAGAUGAGCUGAAAGCGGAAAAGAGGAAGCUUCAGCGAGAGCUACGGACAUCACUGGACAAGAUCGAGGAGAUGGAGAUGACCAACAGCCACCUGGCAAAGCGGCUAGAGAAGAUGAAGGCCAACAGGACGGCCCUUCUAGCCCAGCAGUAGGAAGGCGGCCCUUCCAUCUGGGCGCUCCUCUAAGGGCCUUGCCCAGAGAUACUGACUCUUUUGUAUAUUGACACAAAGCCCUUCAAGUACUGUUUGAGUCUUGUCAUUAAACAGCCACCUUUGUAUUUUAUAAUUUAUGAGAAUGAAGCAGGUUUGAUGGUCAUGAAUUUGGAUUUUGUUUGUAGCUCACUUCUACAGUGAGGACUAGUCUGUGCUGUUUUUUUAGUUUUCAGCAUUCUAGAAUCACGUUUUCUCACCACCCUCCAAGCUGCCUCCCUAACUAGGCACUUGGGAGGCCUUGGUGUGGGUUCUGGAGGAUGGCCAUUCUGAGUGCUGAGACACUUGUUGGAGACCUCAAAACACAAGUGCCUUCUCCACGGUGUGAUACGGGCUUCAGAGACCAGUGGCCAAGAUUCCUACUCUUCUUACCAGAGCAAUUAUAUUUCAGUGAGGAAGUAUUCAGGGGCCAGGGGAGUCUGUGUUUCACGCAAAUUUAUGUUUGCAGGAAAAAACUUUUCUUAAAAAAUUAAGAUAUUUAAAUUUAUGUAAAAAUGUUAGGAAAAGAUAUGGGGAGUGUAUAUUAAACUUUAUUGCACGGGGCAGAGAAGUCUUAAAAGAGUAGGUCCUUAGUCUCUGUAUCCGCUGUGCGUUCCCUGUAUUUUCAUCUGCUGCUUAUUUGUGAACUGAAACCCCAGACAGGCUUGAGGGCUGAGGGAGGGACAGUGCAGUUAGGUAGGGAAUACUCCUGUAGAACUAGUAAGCCCACCUUUGUGCCAGCCAGGGUUGGUGGACACAGUCCUUGUUACAGAAGCUUUUUAAGGACAAAUCAUGGCAACCAUGUACAGUCCUGUCUUGCCCUCUUAUUUUCUCAAGAUGAGAUAAGCCAGAGUAUAGAACUUUUUAAAAAAAAAAAAAAUUUUUUUUUUUUUUUUGAGAGACAGGGUCUAUGUAGCCCAGGUUGCCUCCACCUCUAGUCAUCAUUGUUGGGCCCCUUAAGUGCUGGGAUUCCAGGCAUUUACCACCCUACUUGGUUCUAGACUAAAAAUGCUUAAGAACUUUAAUUUCAUCUUUAAAGAGCCCAGUACAUGAUCUCCCCCUCCCUCUACUGUAGCCACUUCAUAGGGUUUGUGAUUCUCUUUUGUCACAAUCAAGGUGGUUUCAUGGGAAUGAUUAUUGUAGCUCAAAGUGUUUACAAAGAAACUACAUUUAGGAAAAGUCUAAUAAAUCAAAGCCUCUUAAUCUAGACUUGCAACUAGAUAAUAAAGUUAACUAAAAAGUGAA